ACCUUUCUUCAUUGCCUGAUCAACCCCUCCUGCGAACCCGCGCCGCGCGCACAACAUAAAACCCGACCCCAGUGGCACGAUGCCCCCACCUCCCGACCAGCACCAGAUGCCUGCCUCCCCGUCGCAUCCUUCGCCGUCGCUGGCACCGGCGACCCCUUCCUCCGCCGUGGCCACACCCCGAAGCCGCCGCCGCCCCCUCCCGUCCAAGUCCAACCACUCGCCGACGCCCGUCGCGCCGUCCUCCCCGUUCUCCUUUUUCCCGCCGACGUCGCCGUCGCCGUUCCACCGGUUCCUCCCCUCCCCGCUGCGCGCCUCCUCCGUGCCCUUCUCGUGGGAGCACCGCCCGGGCAUCCCCAAGACGCCCGCCCGGAACCGCUCGUCCUCCUCUAAGGGCAAGCCGCUCCCGCUCCCGCUGCCGCCAUCGCUGCUCUCCGGGUCCUGCGGCGGCCCCGACCCCUACGCCUCCGUCGUCGCUGCCGACUACGCCGCGAUGCAUCCGCCGGGGCGCCUGGGGAAGGUGCGCCGGACCCGGCGGCCGCGGCUGGGCGACGCCCUCGCCGAGUGGCUCUCCGUGCUCAGUCUCUACCGCUCCUUCAAGCGCGCCACCUCCUGCUUCGCCGCCAAGGGCAAGUCGUCGUCGUCGGCGGCAUGAGAGGUAAGUCCUCAGCAAUCUGCUGCACGCGUCGUCAUCUCUCCCCCGUGUGUGCUGUUAGCAAGACAAGACUGCUCUGUAUUUGGAUUUGCGAUAAUUUGCUGUAAAUUAGUGAUCAGGAGGCCCAGUUUAAUCCAUGUACAUACAUACAUGUGCGUAACAGUUAAUUAUUAGUAGCAGCAUUGUCCAAUAAUUCGGCAGGAACCAUUAGUUUUUGUAGUCAAUGAAAUGUUGGUGCUGUAGGUAGCGGUGGUGGUGUGGCAUUAGUAAGGAAAAUACAAGUCCGUGUAGACUUGUGGAGGCACGAUUUAUCUAUAUCUAUGUCGUCACUGUUAUCCAACUAUCUCAUCUAAUAUUU